CAGGGCCUCCGUGGUCAUCCUGAUGUCCCUCACCCACCCCUGAAGACCCCAGGUGCCUGAGGGAACAGUUAGAGGAAUCACGAUUUUUCAGCUAAUUCAUUUUACUCUGGUAAUAGGCUGAUGUAACAGAGGAACUAACAUCUAAUAACCAGAUGAGAAUUCUCAACGUCCAAACCAGAUUCAGAUGCCCAGACAAUCACUGGAGAGUGAUGCUGGGCUGCAGCUGCCUCUACAUCGAGGUCCCAGGCAGUGUGCUGCCCCCGGGGAGCAAAGACAGCUUUGCAGUUCUGGAAUUUUCGGCGGAGCAGUGGCAUGCUGACCACGUCUUCAUUUGCUUCCAUAAGAACUGUGAUGAUAGCCGCUCUGUUCCAUACCUUCAACUUUAUGGGCUUCGAGAUUGUGAGAGGGGACAUGGCCUUGUCCCCAAGAGACCUGACGCUUGCUUCAUGGCCUACACAUUGGAGAGAGAGUCUUCUGACGAGGAUGGGGAACAGCUGAGCCGCUACUCCCCUCACCUUAGCCUCCACGGACAGGUCAUUGCAGAUCAAAGCCCCUUUGUGUGCCUCUCUUUGUGCAGGUGGUGUGACUCACUGCUGCACUGGGGUGCAAAUGCCAGGCCUGCUCCCCUCUUCUGGAUCUGUCCGCAUGUUGUAAUUGUGCAAAUAAAUGCUCACUCCAAAUCAGCAGUGUAUUUCUUGAAGUUUCACAGUGUGUUUGUGAUACUGAAGUAUUUGCUUUAAUUCUAAAUGAAAAUUUAUAUUUUACUUUUUUAUUGCUGGUUAAAAAGGUGAUACAGAUCAUCCUUGUACUUAGAGCAGGAGUUUUUUAUUUGAAGUUUUGGGAACAGUUUUAGGUCUUAACUUGGAAAGUAGGUGUUAACCUACCCUUCUUUUGCUUUCAAAAAGCCAAAUAAAAGUGUUUACAUCUAAAAA